AUGAGUGAAGGGCUGCAGAAAGGUGUGUCGUCGGCCCUGGUUGCAGCAGCCGCAUUUUUGGGAGCUGGUGCUAUCGCGAGAAGGCGGAUAGCGCCUACAAGAGCAACGACGUCUCUCAGAGUGCCAGUUGCUAUGGCUGCGCGCAGACGCCGUGACGAUGUGGAUCCACUAGAUCACCUGACACCCCGGCGGCCGGACAUGGCACCAGGGGAGCGGCUGUUCGAGCAGGUCUAUAGGCCGAACAUGCGAACCGCAGACAUGCCUCCGGAGGACGAGGAGGACAUUGGGCAAGCUCCUCGAAAGAAAAAGCCGGAGUUGAAAAAGGAUCCAGCCUACGGCAAGAAGUGGGUUCUGGCCCCUUGGGCCGCAAGGUCCUACACCGAAUUCACUGAAAACCUUGAUGACGCCGAGCACAUUCAGCUAUUGCGAGAUCACUGGUCAAUAUAA